AACUUUCCACUCACUCGAGCAACAAGGACGAACAUCCACAGCAACAACCUCGGCAGGCAGGCAAGCAGGGCAGCUAUGGCGUCCAUCCAUGGGAAGCUGUAGCGUUACGACACCGUUCCUGCGCGCAUCCCUACGUUGUUGUUGUCACGCCUCUCGUGCCUGGCUUGGACUUGUUCGCGUCGUCUUCCUUGCGCCUCUGCGCCUGCCUGCUUUUUGUAUCGUUAUUCAUAUAUAUAUAUAUGUAAUUUUAAAAUUUGUUUUUGUUUCGGUCCUUCGUGCUAGUUUCAUUCGGCUGGAUUGGAGGAGACAGGGCCUGUGUGUGAGUUGGAGGGAGGAUUGAUGAGGAAUGCAUGUGCGGGAGAGGUGAUCGAGAUUGGAGAGGGGAUUUUAUGGUGCGAGAGUGGUUUGUUGUGAGGUUUCGGAGUUGGCAGAUUGGGAGGAGUGUUUUGAGAACGUGAGGGAGUCAGCGUUGCGGGGUUGUACGAUGCGGAGGUUGGACGGAUUGAUGCCUUGGUGGAAUUUUACAUGAGGUCGCGUUCGGAAUUUCGCGGGGGUUGGAGUGAGAAAGGGGAAGUUUGAAGCAGAUAGGGCACAAGGGCAUAGUGUGACCUUCAGUUGAAGCGAUGGGCUCCGUGAAGCCUUCUGUUCGACAUCGGGGCGCUGGAGUGCAGUCAAAUGUGUCUCAAUCGGUUGGAAGCAACGGUUCUGCCCCUGGAGCCCCCGUUAGCAAUGGUUACGUCAAUCACUUGCGCAGUGAAUUGUCUGUGUUCGAGAAAGAGGAGUUUGACGCUCAGGCUUAUGUGCAAUCUAAGUGUCAAUCUAUGAGUGAAAAGGGCAUCCGGAAAUUGUGCGAUGAUUUGCUUGAUUUGAAGAAGUCGUCUGCGGAAGAAAUGCGCAAGAGCGUGUACGCUAAUUAUGCAGCGUUUAUAAGAACCUCUCGUGAGAUUUCAGAUCUGGAGGGCGAGCUAGUUGCCAUGAGAAAUCUUUUGAAUUCCCAGGCAGCACUUGUUCGUGGCUUGGCAGAGAGUGUUACUUCCAAAACUUCAAACGACUCAUCUGGUACAGUCGCAAAAGAAAAAGAUCUGCCUCAGCAUGAACCAGAACCUUCGCAGUUAGAAAGACGUGCCCAGGAUAUCCCAGAUAUUCUCGAUGUUCUACUAGCUGAGAGGAAAGUAAACCAAGCUCUACAGAUCUUAGAAGAAGGAGACAUGCUAGUUUCAGAGGGCUUUCAGCCAACUGGCUACGAAGGUGGGAUAAGCACUGUUGCAGCUUCCAAGUUGCAGGCGGCGUUGUCUGAGAGAAGAGCCAGAUUAGCCGAGCAACUUGCAGAAGCCAUUCAACAACCUUUCUUUAGAGGUUCAGAGUUGCGUUCUGCUAUAGGUGCUUUAGACAAAUUAGGUGAUGGAACACGAGCACACACUCUUUUGUUGCAUUCUCAUCACAAGAGGCUUCAGCAUAAUGUUAGAGGACUUCGUCCUAGUGGGACAUCUUAUGGUGGGGCUUAUACCGCUGCGCUCUCCCAGCUAGUUUUUUCUGGAAUCGCUCAGGCUUCAAGAGAUUCGGUGGCAGUAUUUGGAGAAGAACCUGCAUAUGCUUCAGAGCUAGUGUUGUGGGCUCGUUCAGAAACUGAGCUCUUUGCCUCUUUAGUAAAACGGCAUGUCCUGUCCUCCUCGGCUGCUGCUGGAGGUCUACGAGCUGCUGCUGAAUGUGUACAGAUUGCUCUAGGUCACUGCCAGUUACUGGAGGACCAAGGAUUGGCUCUUUGUCCAGUCCUCUCCAAACUCGUGAGACCAAGUGUAGAGCAAGCUUUGGAAGCCAACUUGACUAGGAUUGAAGAGAGUGUUGCUGCAUUGGCAGCAGCUGAUGAUUGGGUGCUUAGUCAUCCAGGUGCGAUGUUGCGCGGCUCAUAUGGAAUGAGGUCCUCUUAUGGCACAGGACAUGGGUCGUACUUAAAGUUGUCCAGCAGUGCGCAUCGUUUCAACUUUAUGGUGCAGGAUUUUUUGGAGGAUGUUGCGCCCUUAAUCAGCAUGCAGCUUGGAGGUCCUACCCUAGAUGGUCUCUCUAUGCUUUUUGACUCCUAUGUUGACAUGCUAAUGAAGGCUGUGCCCAGUCCCGGUGAGGACGAGGAAGGUGGAGCAGAGAAUGGAGGUGAUCGGAAGGUGCGACCGGCGGCAACAGAGAGUCAACAAUUGGCACUUCUCGGAAAUGCCUCUGCGCUUGCUGAUGAGCUUCUACCUCGGGCUGCGUCGAAGUUGGUUCCAGGUGGUAUGCAGACUGUUCUGAGCAGAGACGACUUGCGGUCAGCACCUCGUCGAGGACGUGAUCGAGAUCAAGAAAGAAAUCAAUUCGGAACUACUGCAAAUCGCUUACCUGAGCUCAAGGAUUGGCGACGAAGGCUGCAGCGAGGAGUCGACAGGCUUAGAGAUCAUCUUUGUAGACAGCAUGUUCUUGAGUUGAUAUACUUCUCUGACGAACCUGACUCUCAGCUUAGCCCAGAGACCUACUUGAAUCUUGACAAUGAUGGCGGAAACCCCAACUGGCACCAGGAGCCAAUGCCAUCUCCUAUCUUUCGGGCUUUGUUUCACAAAUUGACCUCAAUCCAGCACACAGCUGCGGACUUGCUUUCAGGAAGGGAAAGAGUGGUUGUUGUGCUGCUCAUGCGACUUACUGAAACCUUAGUAAUCUGUCUAUCAGAAGAUCAGGACUUUUGGGAUGCCAUUGAAGAUGGAGAAAUUAGUCUAGGUCCAAUUGGUUUGCAACAAUUUGUUCUGGAUAUGCAGUUUGUCAUUCAGGUUGCGAUAAAUGGUCGAUUUUCAUCAAGACAUAUGCGCCAGGUGGUUAAUGAUGUCACAGCGCGAGCUGUUACUGCUUUUGCAGCGACAGGAGGUGAUCCUCACAGUGUGUUGCAAGAAGAUGAGUGGUUUUUAAAUGCAGCACAAGAAGCAGUUCGGGUGCUUCUGGAAGAUUGGAAUACACAAGUGGGCAGUCCAACUGCAUCAAUAUCUGCACAAUCAGUGUCAUCCUUUCGUUCGCAUGGAAGUGAAUGAUUUGCAUGUGAGCUCAGUGGGUUGCUCAUAUAUCAGAGACAUUAUGGAACUGGCCAUGGAAGUGAAAAGCAUGUCUUGAUGCUUACUAGCAAGGAUCGGUGGAUAAGCUCAAGUCAGAAAGGCAUAUGGUGGUAUUGGGGUUAAGAAGGGUGUGCAAUCAUUUGACAUGAUUGUUUGCAUACAUCAUCACUAGGUGCGGAGAUGUUGAUAACACCCGUAAACCAAGUGGUUCUUUUUCAUGAAAGCUGGCGGGUGUUGCGUGGAUAAUGAGUCGAAUUGAGACAGCUUAUGCAUCAUUGGCAUCUAGCUGAUGCAGUGAGAUAUUUACUCUUUUUUUUUUUCUUUUUUUUCUUUUUUCCAGGAUAGUCUUCACUAGAAUAAUGUGAUAGCAGUAGAAAUAUGUGAAGCGCUUGGCACGUAGCACUGUGUGCACAGGUUAGUUCCGAUGCACCUUGGUGUCCUAAAGCGUGGGAUGGGCAUUAGAUGUUCUUACAUCUCAAUCCAAAUUGGCCCGAUUUCCACGGAGGAGUCACACAACCGGUAUACCACCCAAUCGCUUCACUUUCUCUUCGUUUGUAAUUUUAUUUGCAGUCGUUCUGUGAAUCAGAAUUUAGACUAUUCAACUUGAAUACUACGUCGAAGUUUACAGGUUCCGAAAGUGUUUUCUGCAGAGUUUGGGACUGAAACAUCACCUUAGGUAUCUGACUUGCCUCUUCCUGUAUUUCGGUCAACAGAGCACUGGAGACGUAAGCAGCGAGCUAUCUAAGUGCUUAUCCGCGACGGUUUUUAGGAUGUGGCAAGGUUGUUUGGAGCCUGUAUUAAUCUCUUAGAUAUAGGCACUAGUCAUUGACGUUUUGAUUUAACGACUCCCUUCACUUGGGUUGUUUGUGCCACUGCAUUUUGUGAGGUUUUCCGCUUCUCGCUACAUUAUUUUUUAUAAUCAUCAUCAUCA